GAUUCCCGCCCACAGGUUUCUAAAUCCAGACAUUCUCGUUUGGCUGAGCACUCUAGGCCUAGACCCAUGAAGCUAAGAGCGACACUCAAAGACUGCACUGUUGAGAGAAGCUAACGUUAAAGGCUGUGAAUAUAUUGGGGAGUCCAGCUCCGGAACCCGGGAGCUCUUUUAGUGGGAGGGGCGGCGCUGAUGGUGCUUCUGGCCUCCGAAUGCUAGGGGGCGCUGUGAUCGCCGCGUGGCCUCUUGAGAGCCGGGAGUCCACCGCGCAAGCGCAAUCUGGCUUUUUCGCCGUCCCCACGUGCGAACCUCCGCGGCAACGUUUUCGAGAAAAAUGCCCAAGUUGAAGGCGGCCCGUGGGGUCGGGGGUCAGGAAAAACAUGCGCCCCUGGCCGAUCAGAUCCUGGCUGGGAAUGCGGUGCGGGCAGGGGUCCGGGAGAAGCGGCGGGGUCGCAGGACCGGAGAAACGGAGGAAGAGUAUGUGGGACCCCGGCUGAGCCGGCGGAUUUUGCAGCAAGCACGGCAGCAACAGGAGGAGCUCGAGGCCGAGCAUGGGACUGGGGACAAGCCCGCGGCGUCGCGGGAACGCACCACGCGGCUGGGUCCAAGAAUGCCUCAGGAUGGAUCAGAUGACGAGGAUGAGGAGUGGCCCACCCUGGAGAAGGCUGCCACAAUGACAGGGGUGGGCCACCAUGCAGAGGUGGUCGUGGACCCUGAGGAUGAGCGUGCCAUAGAGAUGUUCAUGAACAAGAACCCUCCUGCCAGGCGCACCUUGGCUGACAUCAUCAUGGAGAAGCUGACUGAGAAGCAGACAGAGGUUGAGACAGUCAUGUCAGAGGUGUCGGGCUUCCCUAUGCCCCAGCUGGACCCCCGGGUCCUAGAAGUCUACAGGGGGGUCCGGGAGGUAUUAUCUAAGUACCGCAGUGGAAAACUGCCUAAGGCAUUUAAGAUCAUCCCUGCACUCUCCAACUGGGAACAAAUCCUCUACGUCACAGAGCCUGAGGCCUGGACUGCAGCCGCCAUGUACCAAGCCACCAGGAUUUUUGCCUCUAACCUGAAGGAACGCAUGGCCCAGCGCUUCUACAACCUUGUCCUGCUCCCGCGAGUACGAGAUGACAUUGCUGAAUACAAACGACUCAACUUCCAUCUCUAUAUGGCUCUCAAGAAGGCCCUUUUCAAACCUGGAGCCUGGUUCAAAGGGGUCCUGAUUCCACUGUGCGAGUCUGGCACUUGCACCCUCCGGGAAGCCAUCAUUGUGGGUAGCAUCAUCACCAAGUGCUCCAUCCCUGUGUUGCACUCCAGCGCGGCCAUGCUGAAAAUUGCUGAGAUGGAAUACAGUGGUGCCAACAGCAUCUUCCUGCGACUGCUGCUGGAUAAGAAGUAUGCACUGCCUUACCGGGUGCUGGAUGCCCUAGUCUUCCACUUCCUGGGGUUCCGGACAGAGAAGCGUGAACUGCCUGUGCUCUGGCACCAGUGCCUCCUGACUUUGGUCCAGCGCUACAAGGCCGACUUGGCCACAGACCAGAAAGAGGCCCUCUUAGAACUGCUCCGGCUGCAGCCCCAUCCACAGCUAUCCCCCGAAAUCAGGCGUGAGCUUCAGAGCGCAGUCCCCCGAGAUGUGGAAGAUGUUCCCAUCACCAUGGAGUGAGAAAACAGUCAGUUGUCCUGGCCAAAGGGGUUUGGAAGGACACCAAGACCCCCGUUGGUGACUGAAGAUGACACCAAACCUUAAUGGCUAAAGACCCAGAUCAGGGCAGUGACAGAUCACAGGAACAUCUGUGGCUUCCAGUCCAGGACAGGAAGGACUGAGGGUCUGGCUGGUUCCCUCUUCCAUUCUAGGCCCUUACCCCUGUUCAGUUCUGAGAGCCGACUUAAUACCAUACACUGGCAUUCCCAGUCCCCAGCUGGGGCUUGGUGUGAGUACUUUUUCUAUGGCUAUUGUGUCAGGUCACUGUGGAUAAAGGCAAAGGCAGGUAUUUAUUGAACCUCUGUGUUUGGUGUAGUAAAUGGAGGUGGGCAUUACUCCUGUUAGUAUCUGGAAGAUGGAGGACAUUCUUGUCCCGUUUAUAUAGGAGCCACCUCCCUUGAUCUCCAAGCUUGUUUCUCCAGGCUACACUCACCUUGUUAGCCACCUGGGGACACAUCCUCUGCCUUCUCCCAUGACAGGCUGCAGCAGCCAGGAGCAGGUUGUCCAAAGAUGGUCAUGUGUCAGCUGUGGAUGAAAGGACUACAAGAGAAAACUUGAGGAAAGCAGAGAUACAGUCAAGAAAGGCCAGAGAAUAAGGCUGGGCCCAAGAAGAGUUAGAUCAGAGCUAGCAUCAAACAGGCUCCCUUUCUGGCUUUUCAGCCAAUGAAAGCUUUAGUGACUAGUAAACUACGGCCAAGUGCCCCUUUUUUUGUUGAUUUAUUUUUUGAGACAGAAUCUCGCUCUGUUGCCCAGGCUGGAGUACAGUGGCAUGAUCUUGGCUCACUGCAGCCUCCGCCUCCUGGGUUCGAUAGAUUCUCUUGCCUCAGCCUCCUGAGUAGCUGAGACUACGGGUGCGUGCCACCACGCCUGGCUAAUUUUUAAAUUUUUAGUAGAGAUGGGGUUUCACCAGGUUGGCCAGGCUGGUCUCGAACUCCUGACCUCAGGUGAUCCACCCGCCUCAGCCUCCCAAAGUGCUGGGAUGACAGGCGUGAGCCACCACACCCAGCCCAAGUGCCUGUUUUUGUGUGGCCCAUGAGCUAAGAAUGAUUUUUCCAUUUUUAAAUGGGGAAAAAAAUUAACAGUAUUUUGUGAUAGGUAGAAAUUACAUGAAAUUCCAGUUUCAGCAUCCAUAAUUUUGUUGGAACAGCCAUGCUCACCCAUUUACAUGUUUCAUGUGGCUGCUUUUGUGCUACAACAGCAGAGUUAAGUAUAAUCCUGCUAUAACCCUUAUUUGCUUCCAAAAUUGUGCAUUUGUUCCAACCCAUUUAAUAUAUUUGGGAACAGUUUGAUCAUAACGCAGGCUUAAUGUUUGCUUGUGUAUGAUUUCAUCCUCGAGAAACAUUAGGUGAAUAUGGGAAACUGUACCCAGCUGAACCAAGCCUAACUAGUACACAAAACUCACUUGAACAUGUACCAGCUACCUCACUUAGCUGCCCACCUGUGUUGAGCAACCCUUCCAACAUCCACUUCCAAAAGCAAAGUGCAUGUCUUCAAGAUAAAAGGCCGUAUUUAUUGUAAUAUUUAUGUAUUUCUCAACCAUUUGACAUGUAAAAACCAAGCUAUCCUUUUUUUAA